AGUGGCCAAAUCAAUGAAGGUCCCUGUGUAUGAGACCCCAGCUGGAUGGAGAUUCUUCUCAAAUCUGAUGGACUCGGGACGGUGCUCCCUCUGUGGAGAAGAGAGCUUUGGCACUGGCUCUGAUCACCUCCGGGAAAAAGAUGGCCUCUGGGCAGUCUUGGUCUGGCUCUCCAUCAUCGCUGCCCGGAAGCAGAGUGUGGAGGAAAUCGUCCGAGAUCACUGGGCCAAGUUUGGCCGCCACUUCUAUUGCAGGUUUGACUAUGAGGGGCUGGAGCCCAAGACAACGUAUUAUAUCAUGAGGGACCUGGAGGCCCUGAUCACAGACAAGUCCUUCAUCGGCCAGCAGUUUGCUGUGGGGAGUCACGUCUACAGUGUGGCGAAGACAGACAGCUUUGAAUAUGUGGACCCUGUGGAUGGCACUGUGACCAAAAAACAGGGCCUGAGGAUCAUUUUCUCGGAUGCAGCCCGGCUCAUCUUCCGGCUCAGCUCCUCUAGCGGCGUGCGGGCCACCAUCAGACUGUAUGCAGAGAGCUACGAGAGGGACCCCAGCGGCCAUGAUCGGGAGCCACAGGUACGAAAGCAGAGCUCUUUUCUCAGCUUGUGUGUUUCAUCGCUUCUGGCAAAUGUCGAGCUCCUGGGGGCCUUGAGUGGGGUGAUUUUACCUCCUGGAAGUAAAAUUGAUAGCUUCAGCUGA